AUGCUAAUUUUGGGAUCUGAGAGGGGAGAUCGCUCGCUCGGUUUGCAACCCCCAAAGAAGUGGGUAACAGACCCAGUGCCAGCUUCCCACAAUGGCUUCAAGAUUCUCAAUGACACACCGGACACCAAGAUUGAGUACGAUGAACCGACCUUUGUCAUGUUCCAAGACACCAAAGCGCCUCCAGAGCGCCUUUCAGUACAUCAAGAUAUGGCGAGCAGCUCCAUAUCAACGCCUGUAAUGGUUGGGCCAGAUUCUGAAGUCGGGACCACGGGCUUGAUUAAAACUAUAAUGCAUGUGGACCGAUCGAAAGAGCCACUCAACGAUCGUUCAAAGGCUUGCAUUGCAGAGGAAAAGCCUCUGGUAUAUGUACCAAGUAACGACGCGCAAGAGGUCUGCACAUUGACAACGGGCCAAUCACUUGCAUCAGGCUUUGGGCCGGGACUGGAUCAUCGAUCUGCCAAUAUGGAUUACAAGAAGAAAUAUGAUGGUAGAUCCGUUACUGUUUCCUUGACGUCUAUAGAUGUGAGAAGGCUCGAUUCAGCUGCAGCAUAUUUGAAAGAGAUGCAAACUCCGCUCAAGAAUCCACCUCCAACCGAUAGUACAGGAAAAACAACAAUAAUUUUUAAUGAACAGGUUGAGAGGAUUUCUCUACCAAUAUAUCGUUAUACAAAGGCAAGCAUCAAACCACUUCUAACACUGAGGGCUCAGAACUUUACUGGAAUAGUUUUCAAAGCGAUUCCGGAUGAUGCUACGUACCUAUCGGCAGCAAUGGCUAUAGUCCCUAUGGUUUACGGGUGCGCUCAUCUUGGAGCGCUUUCUAUCAUCUUUCCAAGCGAGAUAGAGCGCUUGUUGUGGAAGAUAUCGUGCUAUUAUCUAAUAGCUGUAGCCACCGGCUUUGGCAUAUGGUCUCUAGUGAAAUAUGGCGAUGCACAAAUUGCGCAUGCCCUCGGAUGGGAAGAGACCCCGCUGGACAAGUGGGAAAUUUUCAAAACAUACUAUGGCGAUAGGUGUAAAGGGAUUACUGAUGCUCCUCUAUCUUGGACUAUCAGCAUACGUUGGGGCAAGAAUGUAUCUGGUGAUUGA